CCGAGACCUGCGAUACGGAAACGAACUCGGUUUCGAGACAAAGCUCAGCUUUGAAGCUAUAGCCCAGAGCAAGGACGACCGAUUGAGCCGUCGCAAUGGCCCGUGGAAGAGGAAGUGCGAGGAAGAAGCAGUCGGCAAAGGACAAGGAGUUGGCCAAGAAGUCGGUAGCGGGCCCUAAGUCGAUGGUGAUUCGCAUUGGAGCACAAGAAGUAGGAAAAUCCGUGUCAGACCUGGUCAACGAUGUCAGGCAUUGCUUGGAACCCGAUACAGCCAUUAGGCUCAAGGAGCGGCGCGCAAACAAGCUCAAGGAUUACCUGGUCAUGUGUGGUCCGCUAGGUGUUAGUCAUUUGCUUCUCUUCUCGAGAUCAGAGAGCGGCAAUACGAACCUUCGGCUCGCGCGCACGCCACGAGGCCCUACGCUCCACUUCCGUGUGGAAAACUACUCUCUCUGCAAAGAUAUUAUCAAGGCGAUGAAGCGUCCACGGUCCGGCGCAAGCGACUACCUGGUUGCGCCGCUGCUAGUCAUGAACAACUUCCUGACCAGCGACAGCGAGAGGGAGAGGUUGGGAGAAAAGGCGCCACCAAAGCAUCUCGAGAAGCUUGUGACGGACAUGUUCCAGGGUCUUUUCCCGCCGAUACAGCCGCACACCACGCCUCUCCAUUCAAUCAAACGAGUUCUCCUCCUCAACCGAGAAGCUCCCUCAGGCGAGACCGGCUCCAUCAACAUUAGCCUGAGGCACUAUGCGAUUACGACGAAGCAGGUGGGAAUACCAAAGGCUAUCCGAAGGCUAUAUGCCGCCGAGAAGCUCGUCGGAAGCAGGGAGAAGAAGAAGAGUGCACUGCCAAAUCUCGGAAAGCUCGAGGAUGUGGCAGACUACAUGCUGGACCCCUCAGCAGCCGGCUACACCUCCGUCUCAGACACGGAACAGGAUACGGAUGCCGAGGUCGAAGUCACAGCACCCGUGCGGCAAAAGGUCCUCUCGCGACGUGAGAAGGAAAAGCUCAAAGCCGGCGACGCCACCUCGCACGCCCGCGCCCGUGGCUCCAAACCGCGUGUUGAGAAGCGCGCCGUCAAGCUCAUUGAGCUCGGCCCCCGCAUGCAGCUGCGCCUGACCAAAGUCGAAGAAGAUGUCUGCGGCGGCAAGGUGCUCUGGCACGAAUUCAUCACCAAGACCAAGGCCGAAGAAAAAGAAUUGGAAAAGAGGUGGACACAGCGAAACAAGGAGAAGGAGGAGCGAAGACGCAUCCAGCGCGAGAACAUUGAGAGGAAGAAAAAGGAAAAGGCUGCCAAGGCGGAGACUGCUGAGGAAGGAGAGGAGGGAGAGGAGGACGAGGAGAUGGAGGACUUUGACGAUUACGACAUGGAUGACGAUGUUUGGCAGGAUGCAGCGGACGCGGGCGAGGGCGAGGACGACGAAGAUGAGGACGAGGAAAUGGACGAGUGA